AGAUGGGCGGGGCGGGGGGCCGUGCGGCCGGCAAGCGUCGCAGGGCCCAGGAUGAUGGGGAUGUUGUCCCCUCCGCAGAGCGGCGGCUGUGGAGACGACGUGGUGCUGGGCCCGUGAGCCGGCGGCGGGGCGUCCCGUCGGAGCCGAGGCUGCGCUGAGGGCCCUGCUGCCAGAGCGGCGCCAUGCCGUGCACCUGCGGGAACUGGCGGCGCUGGAUUCGGCCGCUGGUGGCCACCAUCUACGUGGUGGGGCUGCUGGUGGCCCUGCCGCUCUGCGUGUGGGAGCUGCAGAAGCUGGAGGUUGGAAUCCAGACAAAGGCAUGGUUUAUUGCUGGAAUCUUUUUACUGAUGACGAUACCAAUAUCUCUUUGGGGAAUAUUGCAACAUUUGGUUCACUAUACUCAACCUGAAUUACAAAAACCAAUAAUUAGGAUUCUAUGGAUGGUGCCGAUUUACAGUCUAGACAGUUGGAUAGCAUUGAAAUAUCCGAAAAUUGCAAUUUAUGUGGAUACUUGCAGAGAAUGCUAUGAAGCCUAUGUCAUCUAUAACUUCAUGGUGUUUCUUUCUAAUUAUUUGACCAAUCGAUAUCCAAAUCUGGUAUUAAUCAUAGAAGCCAAAGAUCAGCAGAAACAUUUACCACCAUUGUGCUGCUGUCCACCUUGGGCUAUGGGAGAGGCACUGUUGUUCAGAUGCAAGCUGGGUGUUUUGCAGUAUACUGUUGUAAGACCGUUCACCACUAUUAUUGCUUUAAUCUGUGAACUUGUUGGCGUGUAUGAUGAAGGGAAUUUUAGCUUCAAAAAUGCUUGGACAUACUUAGUCAUAUUCAACAAUAUGUCUCAGCUUUUUGCCAUGUACUGCCUUGUAUUAUUUUAUAAAGUACUGCGGGAAGAACUAAACCCAAUCAAACCUGUGGGCAAGUUUCUGUGUGUCAAGAUGGUGGUUUUUGUUUCUUUUUGGCAAGCUGUACUUAUUGCAUUGUUGGUGAAAGUUGGUGUUAUUUCUGAGCAUAGCACAUGGGAAUGGAACAGUGUAGAAGAGGUGGCAACUGGCUUGCAAGAUUUUAUCAUCUGUGUGGAGAUGUUCUUUGCUGCAAUUGCUCAUCACUACAGUUUUUCCUACAAGCCAUAUGUGCAAGAAGCUGAAGAAGGGUCUUGCUUUGAUUCCUUUCUUGCGAUGUGGGAUAUUUCUGAUAUUCGGGCAGAUGUAUCUGAACAGGUUCGCAAUGUUGGAAGGACAGUAUUUGGUCAACCAAGGAAAAUUUUUUUUGGUGAAGAUCAUGAACAGAAUGAACAUACAAGUUUACUUUCUUCAUCCACUCAAGACCCGAUUUCUGCUUCCUCUUCCAUACCGUCGUCUCCUGUGGGUCAUUAUCAAGGGUUUGGACACACUGUGACUCCGACAAUGCCUGUUGAACCAACAUCUGAUGGACUCUAUAAUUCUUUGGAAGAGAAGGAAAAUUCCCAUGUUCCAACAGAAAAGAUUGUGGAUUAAAUGUUCAACCAUAUUUGAUUUAAACCUCAGACACACACCCCCCCUCCCGUUUUUCCCAGAAAUGUGUCAAACUCUGACAAAACAGUACGUAAAACAGAUUAGCAUAAAAGAUUGGAAUUCUAGUUCAGUACUGAUUCUUCAGUUAUAUAUAUGGAAUGGAGUCUCUUACUAUGCUGAGAUGAAAUGUACACCCUGAACAUAGUUAUAGGACUUCAGCACUAUGAUACAACAUAGUAGCACUAUGUUAUGACAUAGUAUUAAAUCACUGAAUUAAACUGAUAAAAUCAUUUAUGGAGCAUGCUUGGAAACUUUGAGCUCAGGCUUGUAAUGAAAUUCAGUUAGUUGAAGAAGGUAUGCAGUUUAAUAAAAAAAACCCAGAGGUCAGGCAGCAGAAGGCCAAAGGUUUUCCUGACUUCUCUUGCAAACCAGUGAAUCCUUCAGACUUGUACUUAUUCCAUUCCAGAACAUCAUCUUGAAUGUGUUAGACUUCUUACAGAACUACUGAGUUGGUAAGUCUUGACCUGUGAUCAUCUUCACUAUCAGCAUGCCUAUUGUACAGUCCAACUUAGCAGAAGUGCUUGAAGUUAAACUACAUACAUCUGUUGGCUUGCCAGUAAAGUAACAAAACAGCCCUAGCUGCCUGUUCAAUGGAUUUGCGUUGGAAGUUGCUCUAGAAGAAGUUAAUUAAAAAACAUUCUGAUUUGUGCUAUAAAAUUGAAUUAUUUAACACAUGGAAAAAACCCUGCUCAGUCCUUUGUUUCUGUUGCAGUUUCUUCAUGUAGUAUAUUUCCCACUGGUUUAUCAAAUGUGUAUUCUGUGAUAUGGAUACCAUUUUAAUGCCUCAUAAUCUUGAAUUCUUAGUCAAAAUUUAUGGAAGGCAGAUGUACUAAGUAGAAUCAGGUUAUCCAAGUAACACUAAUGUUGUUAGAUAAGGAAUGUAACAAAUUAGUGUGGUUCUAAGGACUUUAUUUCACAUUUAACUAAAUGAAGAGGAUUUUCUGAUCCAUUAUCACAUUUUGUACUUGCUUUGUAUGCUUGCCAUCUUAUUUUCAUGUGGAAAGCUGCAAGCUUUGCAUUUUUAAGUGGGCGUCUUCAGAGGGAGAAAACCCCUAUUUUUCAAGAUUUAGAUGCCUUUAAAGCCCUGGAGGUUUUUAACUGAUUUGUGGCUGCUACAAUGAAAUCUUACAAGUGCUUAUGCGGUACUAGUGUGUCUUGUAAAUACUUGGCCUUAUUCACUAGGCUGCAUAUUUAAUAGCUAAAUGGUACAUCUUUAAACUGGGAAAACAGGAAAACAUACUUAUUCAUUGCCUCUAUUGUAUAUAAGCAAAUAAAAUUUAAUUAGAAGCUUA